AUGGGGAUUUUGGGGGUAUUUAGAGCGAGUUUGCUCUGUUACUGUGCUUAUCAAACUUUCUACAAUCCUCGCCUUUCUUCGUCAGGAGCCCUCUCCCCUACAGCUGUAAUGCCUGAAUCUACCUCUUCAGCUGUCGAUAUCGAUGGCGGCUCCAGAGGUCGCCGUCACUCGAUACUGUCCGACUUCCUCCCUGGCAGUUUGACCUUCCCUUCGUCGUUUGUGGCUACAGCUCCAAGCGUCCAAGAAAUUCUCAGCCGAGAUAUCGAGGACUGCUCCUCCGACGAAGAAGAAGAGGACGAAGAAGCUCAUGUUGCCGCUGACGAGUCUGAAUCGAGACACGUUGACUCUGUCGACGUCCAGCUAGCAUUCCAUCCCAACGGGGUCGCAUACGGAUGCGGCUUCUCGACCAUUCCGCUUCCUGGCAUAGAUCUUCCCGUUCCCAACCCGCACGAGCAAGAUGAAUCUCUCCAAGCCGAGAUUGACCUGCUCCGCGACAACGACAUCCUUCCUCCGAAACACCCUCGAGCACGGAGAGCUAGCGUCGUCGAACGCGCAUACCGAACCGUCUUUAGCACGAGAGUACAAGAUCACCAUGCUGCUGCCGAAGAACCCACUGAGGAGACUCGGCUACUACCUGAAGUGACAACAGGCUUCGAGAACGGACUUGCGACGCCGCCUCCAGACGAAAUACAUAAAAAAUGGGAGCAAGCUGUGGCUGCACAUGAUAUCGAGACCACCUGGCAGCGUGAGGCUAAGACGCUGGUACAAUAUGCGGCACCGUUGAUUGCAACGUUCUUGUUGCACUACUCGGUGACUGUGGCUAGUGUGCUUACAGUCGGUCGUCUCGGAAUGGAAGAGCUUGCAGCAGUAAACCUGGCCACGAUGACGGCCAGCAUCACUUAUUACGUCCCCGUGCAAGGCCUUGCAACUUGUCUGGAUACCCUUUGCGCCCAAGCUUACGGAUCUGGCCACAAGCAUCUCGUAGGUGUCCAGGCGCAGCGAAUGACCUGGCUCCUUUGGAUUCUAAUGCUCCCCAUUGCCGUGAUCUGGUGGUUCUCGGAGCCAAUACUCUCGGCUCUUGUUGGCAAGGGACAAACAGCAACGCUUGCCGCUCUCUAUCUGCGAGUCUUGAUCGCCGGUAUGCCUGGAGUCGCGGCAUUUGAGAGUGCAAAGCGUUUUGUGCAGUCACAAGGUCUCUUCCAUGCGACGACUUACACACUGCUAAUCGGCGCUCCCUUAAGUUUCCUGCAAAACUGGCUGUUCGUCUUUCGAGCUGGCUGGGGUUUUGCUGGAGCUGCAACGGCUAUGGCAGUCACUCAAAACUUGUUGCCGAUUCUGGUCAUUUUUUACGUCAUGCUAUUUGAAGGCGGGCAAUGUUGGAAAGGGUUCAGCUUGAAGGCAUUCAGCAACUGGGGCCCGAUGAUAAGGCUCGCCCUUCCUGGCAUGAUCAUGAUAGAGGCUCAGUUUUCCGUCUUGGAGAUUCUAACCAUUGCUGCUGGCCGAUUCGGAACAGCUCAACUAGCAGCGCAGAGUGUCCUUGUUACGGUGACCUCUACGUCAUUUAACAUACCGUUUCCGUUGGCCAUUGCAACAUCUACUCGAGUUGCCAAUCUGAUUGGAGCGCAUCUGAGUGAUGCUGCCCGUACAACCGCAAGAGUGGCCAUUGUCGCGGCCUGCGUAGUUGGACUCUUCAACCUGACAAUAUUCGUCACGCUUCGCAGACAACUCCCACGGAUCUUCACAGAAGAUGACGAAGUCGUCGAUAUUGCCUCACAGGUAAUUCUCGUCUGCGCGUUGAUGCAGAUUUUCGAUGCCAUGGCGGCUGUCUCACAUGGUCUUCUCCGAGGAAUCGGCCACCAAGCUAUCGGGGGCUACGCUAACUUGUUCUCCUAUUAUCUCGUGGCAUUACCGAUAGCAUUGGGAACAAGUUUCGGUCUAGGUUGGAAGCUAGCCGGUCUCUGGGUCGGAUUGACCGUCGGCCUUGCCGUGGUCUCGGGGAUUGAAACUUUGUAUCUCUACCUGACUGAUUGGGAGACUGCUGUGGCUCAAGCUGAAGCUCGAAUGAGAUCAGAGACACGGAGGAUGUCGGUUGUUGCAUGA